CGCAAGUUAAAGUACAUAAUGUAUGUCAAAAUAAUUCUUCUAGCAAUAUCCAUCCAGGCUUGCCGGACAAGUUCCGAUGAGAUACCCGGAAUGCCUCAAGCGAUGACCGCGAUGACGCAGCCGAUGCCAACGGCAAUGAUAACAUGUGAUGGAAUCUUUGUUGGUGCUGUAUGCCGAAGCUGUUCAGAAGCAUUACUCUGUAUUGGAGCUACAUCGUUUAACUCAGAUUGUGGUGCAAUCUCGCCGAACAUGCCCAACUGCAAUAACGGUGAAUGCUCGGAUAUUGCUCUCGAGGGAUGCACAACUCUAUAUCCGCCUAUAACUUGCACCGGAGAAGGAAUAUAUCCAGAUGCAAUAAGCUGUAGAAUAUAUCACUAUUGCACUACAGUGGGUAGUCGAUCGGAUGUAUACACUUGUCCUACAGGAUAUGUUUUCAAUGCCGACACCGGGUUGUGUAAAAGGAAUAGUUCUGCAUCAGAUUGCGUGGUGAUCAAGUGUCCAGCCAGCAGCGGAUAUGGUACUUACGGCACCAGCAAGACCUAUUAUGCCUACUGUCUUUAUUCGGGUUCUCCGGCAGCUGUUACAGAUAUUUACAUAUUUAAGUGCUCAACUGGCGCUAUAUAUGAUGGUACCCUCUGCGUGUACCAGUGCUCCAAAGAAGGAAAUUUUGCUAAUACCGGCGAUGCAACAACGUAUUACCAAUGCUAUAUUUCAAGUGGAAAAUGGAAGGCAGAUCUGCUGUCAUGUCCUCGGGGUAAAAAGUUUGACGCAACCAAACAAGUUUGUGUUGCCUAAAAUGUUGUUAAAGUAGCAGCACGUAGUAGAACAUGAAGAUAGAGUGUAUGAUAUAGAACAAGAAUUACAGAAGUUUGGAUACCUGUAAAAGCACUUGUCGUUCAGAAAUACUUCUAAGAAAUCAUUUGAACAAAUAGAUAAUGUAAUGUAAAACAUAGUCAAGAUACUAUGCAUUUUCAUACAGAAGGUUGCUCAUCCCAAACCCGGGACAACAGAUUUAGGUAGCCAACACGCUACGCGGCUAAGAAUGACGUCUUCCUCGGCUA